CACGCUUACAAGUAUUCAUCCACAGCCAGGUACCACGAAGCAAGGUCAGCUUUGUACAGCAGGUAAGAACCAGGUCGGACCAGACCUGACCACUUCAUUUCCGGGGGACGUCGGCCAUCGUCGGCCCAAACGCCGCCCCCCGCACUCACCACAGGGAACUCUCCUCAAUUUAGUAUUUACAAUCAAGACCUCUCAUAUCCCAGCUCAACGUCUGGACUUGCUAUCUACAAAGAUUGAACCUGUGAGGUAGUGAGUCGACAGACGAAGAGUCAGCCUCAAGGUCCACGACAGCCACGACCGGCACCUGGAUGGCCAACAUGGCGAACAACAACUCAUCAUCCCAGGCCAAUGGCGACAGCAACCAAAUAGCACAGGACUACGACCUCUCCCAACCCAUAAACUCAACAUCCGGCCUAAGGUCAGGCCUCACAUCCUACGGCGACGCCCACUUCUCCCUAUUCCUGCGCAAAGUCUUCAUCAAAGCCCUGGGCUACUCCGACUCAGCCCUCUCGUCACCUAUAAUCGGAAUCAUAAACACCUACUCCUCCUUCAACCCAUGCCAGUCCAAUGUCCCGCAGCUCAUCGAAUCCGUGAAACGCGGUGUUCUGGCCUCAGGCGGAUUGCCAGUGGACUUCCCAACCAUCAGUAUCCACGAGAGCUUCUCAUCCCCGACAUCAAUGUACCUACGUAACCUAAUGGCCAUGGACACCGAGGAGAUGACCCGUGCGCAACCCGUCGACGCGGUGGUCAUGAUCGGUGGGUGCGACAAGACGGUCCCCGCGCAAUUGAUGGGCGGGAUCAGCGCCAAUAAGCCUGUCAUCCCUCUCAUCACGGGGCCCAUGAUGCCCGGGUCUGUCGAGGGCGUCAGGGUCGGCGCAUGCACAGACUGCAGGAGUUACUGGGCCAAGUUCCGCGCCGGCGACGUCGAUGUUGAGGACAUCAUGUCUGUCAACGAGGAACUCGCGCCCACGGGCGGGACAUGUGGUGUGAUGGGCACUGCAUCGACAAUGGCCUGCAUCACCGCCGGACUCGGUCUCCUCGAACUACGAGCCGGUGCGACCGCUGCGGCCGUGACCUCAUCGCGGCUACGUGUGGCUGAACAGGCUGGCCGAAAUGCGGUCGCGAUGUUAAAGAUCGAGAACACAAAACCGCAAGAGCUUCUGACGAGAGAGAGCUUCCUCAACGCCAUUACCGUGCUACAGGCCAUUGGCGGCAGCACCAACGCUGUCGUACACCUGUUGGCUAUCAUCAACAGACACCCGCAGGUCGCGGGCACGAUCGACCUCAAGACUUUCGACGAGAUAGGCAGGAAGACACCACUUUUAGUCGACCUCAAGCCUAGCGGCGACAACUACAUGACCGACUUUCACAAUGCAGGCGGCAUGCUGGCCUUGAUGCACACACUAAGACCACUACUACACCUCAACGCCAGAACCUACAGUGACCAGACGUUAGGCGAACUUCUCGACACCACGCCCUUCAAAUCGUUUGCAUAUUCUCGGCAAAUCGUCCGGUCUCUCGACGACCCUCUCUACCCACAGUCAAGCCUGGUCGUGCUGUACGGCAAUAUUUGCCCGGACGGUGCAGUCAUGAAAGCAUCCGCCUCAAAGAACCGCAAGCUCCUUCAACACCGAGGAUCAGCCUGCGUGUUCGAAAAUACAGCAGACAUGGCCAAACGAAUCGACUCACCGGAUCUGGACGUGACCGAAAACUCCAUUUUGAUUCUCAAGAGUAUAGGUCCGGUCGGCAAUCCAGGCAUGCCUGAGGCAGGUCUCAUCCCGAUACCACAGAAGCUAGGCAGACAGGGAGUCGGAGAUAUGCUACGCAUCAGCGACGGGCGGAUGAGUGGAACGGCAGGAGGCACGAUCAUACUGCACAUAUCGCCAGAGUCUGCGGAUCUCGAUUCAGUGUUCGGUAUCGUGCAGACUGGCGAUAACAUUGUCUGUGACAUUGAGAAGAGGACUCUGACUCUUGAGUUAGAACAAGAAGAGAUCAGUAAGCGGAUAGCCGAGCGGAAACAGCGGGCUCAGCAUUUGUCUGGAAAAGGUGAAGGGCGACCAGAGCAAUGGUUAGAAAGACAUGGUCGGAGAGGAUAUCGUGGACUGUAUGAGAGAGAGGUCAAUCAAGCUCAUCUGGGUUGUGACUUUGGAUUUCUUACAGCACAAGGACCUGGCGUCGGACAAUCUGAAGAUCGGCAGUGAUGUUGCUCGAAAAGGCCCAUGUAAGACGGAGCCAAAUUGUUGAACAGCGACAAGGAGACCGCCUCGACGCACGUCG